AUGUCCCGCCUGCUGCAAGCAGAAGAGUGGGCUGAGGUGAAAGAGUUGGGGGACCACCAUCGCCAUCCCCAUUCGCACCACCUCUCGCAGCUGCCGCCACAGCCACCUGCUACCCUGCAGACAAGAGACCAUCCUGUCUACCCGGCGGAGCUGUCCCUCCUAGACAGCACCGACCCACGCGCCUGGCUGACUCCCACUUUGCAGGGCCUCUGCACGGCACGCGCCGCCCAGUGUCUGCUGCAUUCUCCAGAGCUGGGUGCCUCCGAGGCCGCAGCGCCCCGGGACGAGGUUGACGGCCAGGGUGAGCUGGUAAGGAGGAGCGGCUGCGGCAGCCUCAGCAAGAGCCCGGGGCCAGUGAAAGUAAGGGAACAGCUGUGCAAGCUGAAAGGCGGGGUUGUUGUGGACGAACUAGGCUGCAGCCGCCAGCGAGCCCCUUCCAGCAAACAGGUGAAUGGGGUGCAGAAGCAGAGGCGGCUGGCAGCAAACGCCAGAGAGAGGCGCAGGAUGCACGGGCUGAACCACGCCUUCGACCAGCUGCGCAACGUUAUCCCGUCCUUCAACAACGACAAGAAGCUGUCCAAGUAUGAGACCCUGCAGAUGGCCCAGAUCUACAUCAACGCCCUAUCAGAGUUGCUGCAGACUCCCAGUGUCGGAGAGCAGCCACCGCCGCCAGCGGCCUCCUGCAAAAAUGACCACCAUCACCUUCGCGCCGCCGCCUCCUAUGAAGGGGGUGCGGGAGCCACCUCGGCAGCUGGGGCUCAGCCAGCUCCGGGAGGGGGCCCAAGACCUACCCCGCCCGGGGUUUGCCGGACUCGCUACUCCACCCCAGCUUCCGCCGGGAGUUACUCGGUGCAGCUGGACGCUUUGCACUUCCCAGCUUUCGAGGGCCGGGCCCUAACAGCGAUGAUGGCACAGAAGGACCUGUCGCCUUCGCUGCCCGGGGGCAUUCUGCAGCCAGUACAGGAGGACAGUAGCAAAACGUCUCCCAGGUCCCACAGAAGCGAUGGAGAGUUUUCCCCCCACUCUCAUUACAGUGAUUCUGAUGAGGCCAGUUAG